AUGCCUCGCGACCCGCUGAUCGGCCUCGUGGGCAAGCCGUCGUCCGGCAAGUCGACAACUCUAAACAGAUUCACGACUAUCGAUCCCCAGCGCGCCAUUGGCUAUCUCCAAAUCGAAUGCCCCUGCGCGCGCCUCAACCUUGCCGACCGCUGCAAGCCCAACUACGGUGGCUGCGUCCAAGGACGGCGAUCCGUCCCUAUAGAACUUCUUGAUGUCGCCGGUCUUGUUCCAGGCGCACAUAUGGGAAAAGGUCUCGGGAACAGGUUCUUGGACGACUUGCGACACGCAGAUGCGCUGGUACACGUAGUUGACGUAAGCGGAACAACCGACGCAGAGGGUAAGGCGACAAGAGGAUACGAUCCAAGUCAGGAUAUUGUUUGGCUGAGGAGUGAGAUUGUGAGAUGGAUACAAGGCAACCUCAUGGAGAAGUGGGGCAGCAUCAAGAGGAGGCAUGUCGCUAUCAAGGCUACGGCGGUCGAGACAUUACAGAACCAAUUCUCGGGAUACGGGUCAACGUCCAGUGUCGUCGCGCGCUGCCUCGAUCGUCUUGCCCUCAAGGAACCACUACAAGAUUGGUCUGACGAGACCAUCGAACGAGUGGUAAACGCCUUCACCGACGAGAAAUUUCCUACCGUCAUCGCCCUUAACAAGAUUGAUCAUCCCGACGCCGACAAGAACAUAGCCAAGAUUGCGAAAACCGCAGACCCGAAGAGCAUAGUGCUGUGCAGUGCCAUAUCAGAAGUUUUCCUGAGGAAGCUGGCAAAACAAGGCUUUAUCAAAUACACAGAAGGCAGUGAGUUCGUCGACACGAGAGAAGACUUGAUCGAGCAGGGCGACCCUGAUGGAGGCGGACUGAAAGAGCUGGACGAGAAGCUCACGACACGUAUUGAAAACCUGAAAGAUAUGGUUCUUUACCGAUUCGGUAGUACAGGCGUCGUACAAGUCCUGUCUCGAGCAGCGGAACUCCUUGGUCUAGUGCCAGUCUUCCCAGUUCGGAAUAUACAUACGUAUACUAGCGGAAGUGCGAGCUCAACGGCUGUGUUCAGGGAUUGUGUACUUGUUAAGAAGGGAAGCACGGUGGGUGAUGUGUACAGGAAGGUCAUGGGUGAUGCACCCAUGGCAUAUGUGGAAACCGAGGGCGGGAGAAGAGUUGCAGAGGACGAUGUUGUUGCUGUAGGAAAGAAUGAUAUUUUGAGCUUCAAGGUUGGAAGAGCAUAA